AGUAUCUCAGAGAGACUGGAGCAUGCUCUGGAUAAGGCUGCCCCCUACUGAGAGAGAUCUUUGUGGACUUUGCCCCCUUCCUCUCUCGCACCCUGCUGGGUAGUCACGGACAGGAGCUCCUCAUCGAGGGCACCAGUCUGGUGUGUAUGAAGUCCAGCAGUUCGGUGGUAGAGCUAGUCAUGCUGCUCUGUUCUCAGGAGUGGCAGAACUCUAUCCAGAAGAAUGCAGGCUUGGCCUUCAUCGAGCUGGUCAACGAGGGCAGGCUACUGAGCCACACCAUGAAGGACCACCUGGUGCGGGUGGCCAAUGAGGCUGAGUUCAUCCUGAGCCGUCAGAGAGCCGAGGACAUCCACAAACACGCUGAGUUUGAGUCCCACUGUGCCCAGUACUCGGCUGAGAAGCGUGAUGAGGAGAAGAUGUGCGACCACCUGAUCCGAGCAGCCAAGUACCGCGACCACGUGACAGCCACCCAGCUCAUCCAGAAGAUCAUCAACAUCCUGACGGACAAACACGGUGCCUGGGGAAGCUCUGCCUUCAGCCGUCCUCGGGAGUUCUGGCGCCUCGACUACUGGGAGGACGACUUGAGGCGGCGCCGGCGCUUCGUCAGGAACCCCUUCGGAUCCACUCACUCAAAGGCCACGCUCAAAGCUGCAGCCGAACACGCUCCGGAGGAAGAUAUCCUCAAAGGCAAACAGUCCAUCAGAAGUCACGCGAUGGGAAAUCAGAACUCUGAGAGUGAGAUAUUGUUGGAUGGCGACGAUGACACUCUAUCAUCCUUGGAGGAGAAGGAAUUGGAGAACCUAACAGGCCCUGUAAACAUGAGCACUAGCGCUCAGCUGGUCGCCCCGGCGGUGGUGGUGAAAGGAACGCUGUCCAUCACUGCAUCUGAACUCUACUUCGAGGUGGAUGAAGAUGAGGCCAGCUUUAAGACGAUCGAUCCAAAGAUCCUGACCUACACAGAGGGCCUUCAUGGUAAAUGGCUGUUCACAGAGAUCAGGGCUGUCUUCUCCAGACGUUACUUGCUACAGAACACUGCUCUGGAGAUUUUCAUGGCAAACAGAACUGCGGUCAUGUUCAACUUCCCAGAUGCAGGCACGGUCAAGAAGGUGGUCCAAUGCCUCCCUCGCGUGGGGGUGGGCACCAACUUUGGUCUUCCACAGACCAGGCGUAUCUCCCAGGCCAGUCCCAAGCAGCUCUACAAGGCCUCCAACAUGACCCAGCGCUGGCAGCGCAGAGAGAUCUCCAACUUUGAGUACCUGAUCUUCCUCAACACCAUCUCUGGCCGUACGUACAACGACCUGAAUCAGUACCCCGUCUUCCCCUGGGUCAUCACGAACUACGACACUGAAGACCUGGACCUCACUCUGCCCAGCAACUACAGAGACCUGUCCAAGCCCAUUGGUGCCCUGAACCCCAAGAGGGCGGCGUUCUUCAACGACCGCUAUGAAUCCUGGGAGGACGACCAGGUGCCCAAGUUCCACUACGGAACCCACUACUCCACCUCCUCCUUCACCCAGAUGUGGCUGCUGCGCAUCGAACCUUUCACCACCAUGUUCCUCAACUUCCAGGGAGGGAAGUUUGACCACGCUGACCGCACCUUCUCCUCCGUGUCCCGGGCCUGGAGGAACUGCCAGAGAGACACGUCCGACGUCAAGGAGUUGACCCCAGAAUUCUACUACCUCCCUGAGAUGUUUGUAAACGCCAACAACUACAGCCUGGGGGUGAUGGAGGAUGGGACUGUGGUGUCUGACGUGGAGCUGCCGCCCUGGGCCAAGACCCCCGAGGAGUUUGUACGCAUCAACAGACUGGCUCUGGAGAGUGAGUUUGUGUCGUGCCAGCUGCACCAGUGGAUCGACCUGAUCUUUGGCUACAAGCAGCAGGGUCCUGAGGCCACCAGGUCUCUCAACGUCUUCUACUACCUGACCUAUGAAGGGACCAUCAACCUCAGCUCCAUCACCGACCCCAUGCUCAGAGAGGCUGUGGAGGCACAGAUCAGGAGUUUUGGACAGACCCCAUGUCAGCUGCUCAUCGAGCCACACCCACCAAGGAGCUCCGCCAUGCAGGUGAGCCCGUUGAUGUUCACGGAGCAGAUGCAGCAGGAUGUCAUCAUGGUGCUGAAGUUCCCCAGCAACUCUCCCGUGGCCCACGUGGCCGCCAACACCCAGCCGGGCCUCGCCGCGCCCGCCAUCAUCACCGUCACCGCCAACCGCCUCUUCGCCGUCAACAAGUGGCACGGCCUGGCCGGUCAUCAAGGCUCCUCUGUGCAGGACCAGCAGUACCAACUGCCCGUGGAAAUAGACCCCCUGAUAGCCAGUAACGUGGGGACCCACCGUCGUCAGAUCACAGACCUGUUGGACCAGAGCAUUCACAUCCACUCUCAGUGUUUCAUCAUCACCGCAGACAACCGCUUCAUCCUGCUCUGUGGCUUCUGGGACAAGAGCUUCCGCGUCUAUUCCACUGACUCAGGGAAGCUGACCCAGAUAGUGUUUGGUCACCGUGACGUGGUGACGUGUCUGGCCAGGUCUGAGUCGUACAUCGGAGGGGACUGCUACGUCCUGUCAGGCUCCAGAGACGCCACGUUACUGCUCUGGUACUGGAAUGGAAAACACAGCAGCAUCGGAGAGAACCCCGGAACUGAGUUUGUGACGCCCAGAGCCAUCCUGACGGGUCAUGACUGUGAGGUGACCUGCGCCAGUGUGUGUGCCGAGCUGGGACUGGUCAUCAGUGGCUGCAGAGAGGGCCCGUGUCUGAUCCAUUCCAUGAAUGGGGACCUGCUGCGGACCCUGGAGGGCCCGGGGGGUUGCGUGCAGCCCCGUCUCAUCCAGUCCUCUACAGAGGGCCACGCCGUAGUCUACUACGACAAGGGACACUUCUGCUUCUUCUCCAUCAACGGAAAGCUGCUGGGACACAUGGAGGUGGAGGAGAACAUCAGGGCCAUGCUGCUGAGUCGGGACGGACAGUACCUGCUGACGGGGGGAGACGGGGGAGUUCUGUCUGUCUGGCAGGUUCACAACCUCAAACAGAUGUUCACCUACCCUGGCUGUGACGCAGGCAUCCGCUCCAUGGCCAUGUCCAACGACCAAAGGUGCAUCAUAACCGGCAUGGCGUCUGGUAGUAUAGUCCUGUUCUACAACGACUUCAACAGGUGGCACCACGAGUACCAGACCAGAUACUGAGGCAGGACCACGUAACAACAAUCCCUGAGAAUCUGGUUAACGUGGGACCUACCUACUGCAAUCCUGUCGCUCGAUGUACUAAGGCACUACUCAAUACAUAUUGAUAUCCUGAAUGUAUCUUAAGAGAAGAAAAACUGUCAUUCUGUCGAAAGAAGCAAACUAUUUUUAAAAAAAGGGCAUUGCUAUAUUUUGUAGGCAUAUCGAAAAUUUCAUAUAUCUUAGGGUGGGGUUAUAUACCUAUGGUUACAAAUCUAUUUUUAGCUUGUUAAGAGUCUAUUUUCAUCUCAAGCAGAGGAAAAUAAGGGUUCAAAGUGGAAGUAGGUAGAAAAGUAUAUUUGCAUCUAUUGUCUUAAGAAUCUAUAUAUUUGUGUACUUAGGGGUGAGUGAUUAUUUUCAAUAGGUGUGAAACGUGGAGAUAUAAUCAUUCUUUUGGUCAUUAAUAUCCUUUUUUUCAUGCUCUUUUUGCUACUGUGUGGAAACACAGGGAAAUAAAAUAUGUGAAGUUUGUGUGGUGAUCGAGCAGGAAGUUCAGUAAGUCCUUUAUGUGUUCAUGACUUGAGAGGGAAUAUAUUCUAUUAAAUGUUUGUACCACACCUUUGUGGAAGCGGACAGAUCUUGCCUUCCUGUGCAUGAGUUGUCCUGAUGGUGGCGUACACUGCACAAAGACUUGUCACAUGUGUAUCAGACAGUCAUCAUAGUAACAAGAUGGCUACCGGUGUGAUUAGUUUGCUUGUAUCAACGUGUUGUCAUGACGAUCAUUAGCUUUAUUAUGUUCUGUAACCAUACUGAUGAAUAAUAUGUCUGUCAGUAAAAACAAAUGUCAUGGGCUACGUCCUAAUUUUGUAAAAUGGCGUCCCUUCAUCUAAUUUCCUUCAUAUUGCUUACUUAUCACCUAUCAGAACUUUACAUGAAGGAGACGGGAUGAGGAAAGGAAGCCAUUCCAAAUGGCCGACGUAGCCAUGAUGUGCUUCUUUGUAUAACUUCUUGUUAGCUUUACCUCCUCUACUGAGGCAUUUGCAGUACUUAAGCAUAUACUGUAUCAUAUUAGCGAUCGACACAGUGCCCAAACCAUGCUAGGAUCAUCAAAGUAUCUCAUCCUGGCAAAGAGUGGUGCAGCGAAAUGAGGGACUUGUCAGUCUGUGUGUCACAGUGAAUAUUCACGGGUUAAACCAGACCAGACAACCCCGGUCCUGGACAGCCAAAGGGUGUGCACUUUUUGGCUCAAGCCCAGCUUUAAAAUACCCGAUUCUACCUAAUUAUGGGCCUUCAGGUCCAAACUGAAUUGAAUCAGGUGUUUUGGUGCAGGGCUGGAACACCCGAUGUGGUUCCUCCAAUACAACGGUUGUUCAUAAGGAGAAACAUUGUGUUGGUUUGAUCACGAUUACAAUGAAAUGGCUACUACUGUAUUUUCUAUGUAUCGCUCAAUAUUUUGGCAAUCAAUUUUGAAUGAGUGUUUUUGACGCGUGAUGAGUUGUGACAAAUAAAAUAGAAUUUUUUAACUUGA